GUUGCAUGGAGCAAUUGUCUAGCGCACAGGAAGAAUUUCUCGAAGGCAAUUACAGUAGAGCAAUAAGUCAAUACCAGGAGGCUUACAAGUCGCUGGCUGCUGUGAACGAUGAAGAAAGAAAUGGUGAACUUCUCGCUCGAAUUUUGAGCAAUUGUGCAGCGGCACAAUUGAGGUUGGAAAUGGCCAGGAAAGCUGUCGACAAUUGUAAUAAAGCUCUCGCCUGUGAUGAUUUCUGCGCUAGAGCAUAUCUUGUCAAAGGAAAUGCACUUAGAAAACAAGGAAAGAUGAAACAUGCACAUGCUGUGUUGAUGUCAGGCUUAGAGAAGUGCAAGACCAAACUGGGAGAUAUCGAGCUGUUAGAUGAAAUGAGGCGACUAGCAUCAGAAUGUGAUGGCACGACCAACUCUAAUAGCAAGACAGUUGUUGAUGCAGUCAAACAUUCAGUUAAACAGAAGGCAAACAAAGAUGAAUCAAAACAGAAGGAAACACUUCGAGAAACUAAAUUAGUUGUAAUCGAGGCAGGCGUAGAUCAACCGACUCUAAAGAAAGUUAAUGCUGACUUAGCACAUGGCCGUCUACUUCUGAAUCAAGGGCAAUUUGAAAGAGCUGUGGAGAAGUUUAGUCAUAUUAUUGCUGACAAGCCUCACAUGGCGGAGGCAUAUGUGGGAAGGGGAUCAGCAUAUGCCAAGCAGCAACUAUUUCUAGAGGCACAACAUGAUUUCACGACGGCAAUCAGGAAAGACUCAACCAAUUCAGAAGCAUGGAGAAAGAGAGGACAAGUGCGAGGCGCAUUGGGAGAUCACAAUGCUGCAAUAGAAGACCUGAAGGAAUCAGUGAAGCGAAGCAAAAAUCGUGACUGUGAUGCCGAAAUUGAUUUAGCUCUAGUGUAUAACAGAAUGAUGGAUUACAAAACGUCAUUGACACACUUGAGGAAUGCAGAACAGCUGCUACAGGAGCAGGGUAACGUUUCUUUACAGUUUCGAAGAAACCUUUACAAUAGCAUAGGAAGGUGUCACACAGCUCUUGGAAAUCCAAUAGCUGCUAUAGGAGCGCAUGCAUCCGCGAUUGAUCUUGAUUCACAGUUUGCAGACUCCUAUGUAGAUAUGGGAAUUGCAUACAGGGAUUAUGCAAACUUUGAGAAAGCAGAAGAAUGUUUUUUCAAGGCAUUACAGUUGGUGCCUAAUCAUGUCGUAGCCCAUUAUAUGAGGGGCUGUUUGCAUUACAACUCAGGAUGGGCUCAAAAAGCUAUUGAGAUAUUUACUGAUGGUCUCAAAUAUGAUACUACUCAUGAAGACUGCAUGUUUAUGAGAGGAAUUUCGUAUCAAAGUGUUGGACAGUAUCGGAAAGCAUGGGACGACUUCAAUGCAGUAGUUACAAGGAAGCCCACACACCUUGCUUUCUAUUAUCGGGAUCUGACUCUUCUUGCUCACCACGAUCUCGACAAAUGUUUAUCUUGUCGUAAUCCUGAUGCAAAGUACAGUAGAGUUUUAAAGGAGGCAUGGACCAAGCGGAAAGAUCCACAGAAACUGUCUCGGGAAUAUGAACAUCCACCUUUGUUUAAUGAUACAAUUCCUGAUGUAACUAUUCCAGAAGUACUACCAGAAGAAGUAGACUUAGUUUCUAAAGUUGCAAAUCAACUUGGCAGUAAACUGCAGUAUAAUACACCGGGAUUUUUGAAAAAUCAUCGGGAGCAUUGUCAAAGUGGCUUUGCAAUAAUCUGCGUUGCACAGAAAUGUCGAGAGGUCUUUCAGAGGUUGAAAUGCAAUGGUGAAACAGGCUUUACUGUCUCAGGGGAAUCAAGUAGCUAUACAAACAAGCCACAUAAUUUUGACUGGCGAGAUUUAGCAGACAUCGUAGUGCAAUGGAGUCAAAUGUCUGAACCAAACGAUGCAAUUUGGUGGAUAGAUCAACUUGAUGAUUCAAACUUUACUAAAGAGUGUAUUGUUGAUGCACAAAUUGUACAUGGUCAAUGUAAUGCUAUUCGGAAUUACCCCUACCAAGAAAUGGCCUUUAAAAGAUUAAAACAAGUCCUGGACGUUCAGUUUCAGCAUAAUCCACAGCAAAGAACUCGAAUACAAAAGACUACGUCAUAUGAAGACCUAUACAACGUUUUGGGUUCUGACUUUUUUGGAACAACUACAGUCUAUAGCCAUGCUUUUGCUGAACGUUUUAUGGAAGGAACUCGCAUCUGCGUUCAAAAAGAGUUGCCCCACGGCUUUAAUUUCUCAAUAAGUAUUGCAUCAUCUCGAUUCCGUUGGCAACAGUACAGCGCAGAGCUUUCCAGAGCGUUUGCAAGCAUCAGUCGAGCAUCAGUGAGAGAAGAGAAAGACACUCAGACUCUGUUGGAGUUGGUCUUGACGUUUGCAUUCUAUUGGGACAAUAUGAUGCCUCUAACAAAGGCAGCUCCUUCAUGUGGUCUGGUCAUGAUCCAUGGUCUUCUACUGGCAUUCGGUCUUGAAAUAACAAACCCAAUCCCUAAAGGAAUGCAAGUAAACUGGGAAGCUAUUCUUCAACCAUCACGUGAUGACUUCAUUAGUUAUAUAAUAAGCCAAUGGAUUCGCACGUCAGUAAAGCCUGUUGUCCCGGAUGUUGUUGAGACUCUUCCAUCCGUUGAGAAGUUAUUCCCGUCUCUGCGCUCUGUUGUAGAGGUUCUCAAUUUUCAGCAAUGAUGAUCACUUAGCCUGUUAGAUUUGGACACUAAUAACCAGGCUGGUUUCAAACUCAAAAGGCCACAGACAGACAUGCUAAUAGACUUAGUCCAGUGAACAAUUAUGUAGUGGAAACAAUUAGUUUAUUUUUUGUACGUUUCCUCCCGCCUCUUCUGUAGCUCCCUUGCCUCGCAAUCUAUACACUCCCUGCGUUUGUUGUUGAGGGAUCUUGAAUUUAAUGAUUGGAUAUCUUUGA